AUGAGCGAUGCUUGCCGCAAGCUGGAGGCCUGGCUGACCGAGAAUGGCGUCACCUGGGCGAAGGAUGCCAUGGCCUUUCGCCGGGGCGUGGCUGGUAUGGGGGUUUGGAGCCUGCGACACAUCCGGGCAGGUGAGGUGCUGGCGGAGAUUCCGAAGUCCGCCGUGCUGUCUAUCAGGAACACGGUGCUGGCGUCGGUGCUGGCGGAGCAGACCCUGGACCUGGAGACGAAGCUGCGCCUCGCCAUCUGCGCGGAGCGGAAGCUGUCCGCUAGCCGCUGGCGUGGAUACUUUGAGUCCCUGGUGAACGGCUUCGAGUAUCUGCCGCAUCUUUGGAACGACCAGCAGCGCGCACUGCUGCGCGGCACGGACGCCGAGCAGACGGUCGAGGAGACCCGCCGCGAGCUCGCCGCGGAGUUCCGGCAGCUGCGCCCACUCUUGCGGAGAGCGGCGGCGCUCGCGGAGGUGGACAUCACCCUGGAAGACUACCUCCAGGCGGCCUCCCUGGCCAGCUCGCGCGCAUUCACGGUGGACGACUUCCACCUGGAGGCGUUGGUUCCGCUGGCGGAUGCCUUCAAUCACCGCUGCCAGAGGGUCCCAGCCGGCGAGAAGGUCAAGGAGAUCCAGCCAGGCACUUGCACCGUGAGCACUCCGGACGAGGGCAGCGACAGGGCGCCCUUCAGCCUCUGGCGCGGCAAAGUGCCUGGCAUGCAGAUAGCGCUGGCCGAGAGUGUGGGCAAGGGAGCCAGAGGCACUGGCCCCGCGGGCAAGCUCAUGGCUUACGUGCUGACGGACAUUCCAGCUGAUCGGGAGAUCUUCAACACAUACGGGGAGUUUUCCAAUGACAAGCUGUUGCAAGACUAUGGCUUCGUCCUGGAGCACAAUGCCUUUAACACGGUCACUCUGGCGCGUGCGGCCUUGGAGUCUGCGUCCCGGGCGGCUCAGCUGCGCUUCGCGCGGGCUCACUGCAAGCAGCUGGGGCUGCUGCAAGGAGAAGCAGAUGAAGAGGAGGAGGAAGAGGAGGAGGAAGAGGAAGACGUGGAUGAGAUGGAUGCAGAAGAUGGUAGCCGAGGCUUCAUCUCCUUCUUUGAACUGCCAGCCAGCGGCCGACUUCCUCGCCAACUUCGAGUGCUUUUGGCCGUGCUGGCAAGUCCCAGGAAGGAGCUGCGGACGAGGCCGAAGCCGGACGUCCGGGGCGCCUGGCGCCCGCUGCUGCGGCGCGCGCUGCGCCGGCGCUGGGCGGAGUACCCGGAGACCUGCGAGGCUGCUGUGGACCGCGAGCGCUGGCGCCAGAUGCCAGCCGGGCUGGAGAGGGAUGCCCUGGGUUUACGCAUCAGCGAGAAAGAGAUCCUGGAGCAUUUUCUGCAGCUGGCGCGACCUUUGAGCCGAAAACGCGGGGGCGACUUCCGCUUCUACAUGGACUCCAACGCGGAGAUGAGGAAGAAGAUCGAGUCGCACUACACAGGCAUCGACGGCCUCAUUGACUCUGUGCCCGCCUCCCGGGACGAGCGCAAGAAACUGGAGAGGAAGGGCCUCAGGAAGAACCGCGGGAAGCGCGCGGCGGAGGAGCGCCAGCAGCUCAUCAGCGGCAACUUCCUUUCAAGCCGCGAGUGGAGGCUCCAACGGGUAGAAGCCUAG